AUGGUCGACGUUAAUAAAAACAGUAAUAGCAUUAAGCCGGGCCAGCAAGAAGGGCAGGAAGCUUUCAAAUGGCAAAUAAAUAGCUUUUCUCAAAUGCAGAACAAUAUUAAUGACAAUAGGAAUAUUCUGGAUCGUAAGGAGCAGCAGUCUACCAGACAAGAUGCUCGUUAUACAAGAAAGAAAACCUCUCUUUAUGGAGAUUAUCGGAAGAAACAAGUAAGGAUAAAUGAGUUUACUGGGGAACAGCCGAGACGCUAUUAUAAUAACGAUGGUGGUGGUCGUGCACAUUGGCAUACUGCCAAAAGGUGGAGAAACAACAAACAGAAUUAUACACAUCAAUACAGAGAAUCAGAUUUAGUUGAUUUAGAGACUCAACCAAUAUCGACGCCGGGUCGAAUUUCAUUCAACAAAACUAAAAUUGUUACAGACUUCAACUUUGAGAAUUCAAGAGGCAAUAACCGAGGAAAAAUAAAUCCUAAUUAUAAUCAAGACGUAUAUUUACAAAACAACAAUUAUAACAUUAAUGACGAGAGAUUUUCAUCAACAUCAUCUUCACAGAGUUCACUGAUAGUUCAAGAAGAAAAUCCGCAGAUCACAAAAAUCAAUAUAUUUGAUUUCGAUGGGACACUAUUUUGUUCGCCUCUUCCCAAUCCAAACCUAUGGGAUAGUCAAAUGAUUGCACGACUCAUGAAUGUUAACUUAAUUGGAAAAGGCUGGUUCCAAGAUUCACGCAGCCUGGAUACUACUUCAUUUCCAGAGAAAAUUUCAUGGCGCAGUUGGUGGAAUGAAACAACCGUAUCUUAUGUGCGGCAAUCAGUAUCUGAUCCAAAUGCAUUGACUGUUCUGUUAACUGGACGACUGUAUUCAACUUUUCACGAAAGAAUUAAAUCUAUCCUAUCACCACAAAACCUUUUCUUUGACGUGAUCUCUUUGAAACCGGAUGAUGCAAAAAUCCAAUGGGAAUUGUUAUAUCAACAAUCUCAAUUAUCAGAAAAAUUCAAAGGUAAAGUCACAGGUAUACCCGUAAAUCACACCACCAUGACCUAUAAAAAAGCACUGAUUCAGGGACUUGUCGAGCAUCAUCCUUCCGUGCGAGAAAUAAGUAUUUGGGAAGAUCGGCGGAAACAUAUAUCGCAGUUCAAAAAAUUUUUGGAUGAUUUUAUCGAUCAAGGCGUUAUCGAGCAUGGAACCAUUCAUGUUGUGAGAUGUAAAAAAAUGUAUUUGGAUGAACAAUGUGAAAUCGAGAUGAAGAUAAUUAUUGUAGAAGAUAAUAUCAUUAUUGUAGAAGAUAAUAUCAUUAUUGUAGAAGAUAAUAUCAUUAACGAAGAUUCCACGAUAAAAGAUAAUAUCAUUAACGAAGAUUCUACGAUAAAAGAUAAUAUCAUUAGCGAAGAUUCUACGAUAGAAGAUGAUAUCAUUAGCGAAAAUUCUAGGAUAGAAGAUGAAAUAGCCAAAUUUAAUAGAAUGCUCGAUGAUCUGUAA